AUGGCUCAGCUCGGACUUGCUGUUGCUGGCAGCCUUUCUGGUGCUGCUCCUGCAGCAGGAAAGAAGACGGCCUCACCACCUCCAAAAGGCGGAGAACCGACUAUGAACCGGCAAUCAGCUAAAGAUGAGGAAGUGGUUGCCCAGUUUGUGGGUGCGCGGAAGAUGGGAGACGAUGCCGGGAACGUUGCAGAGGUGGAGGGGGAGAGCAAGAGGAAGAGAGCUCCCUGGUGCAUCACUUCCCCUUCCAUUCCCGCCCUGGACUGCUAUGAGUCUGUGACUUCAGCCAGCUCGUUUGCUUUGCAUCACCAAUUCCAUUUCUUCUGUCUUGUUUGGACAUCGAGUGCUUGUAAAGUAAUGCUAUUACUCUUUGGAAGAUGGAGAGAAGUUUAG